AUGGGGGUAAUCUAUUCCAUUACCUACAGCUGUGUUCCUAUGUACAAUCUGGAGGAAAUCAGAAAAACGGAACAGGUCUCUUGGCCAGAAGCGACGACGACCGAAGACGACGAAGGCGACAACGACCUUGACGAUGCGUUAGUGGGUAAGAAGUUGCAAUUGGGAGAGGUUCUUGAAAAGUUUGCUGAAAUGUACAAGACAAAAGAUGCAGAAUAUUUCUCGUUUUUCAUCAAUCCAUACCCGCUAGGACCAAGGUAAGGCCUCAGGGUUACUUACUAGAGCAGGAUGAGCUCUUUUAUACGAACGUUAUAUAGCUGGCUGUAUUCGUAGUGGUGCUUGUAAUGAAAGCUAUGGUAACAGUGAUGGCGUUAGAGACGGAGAUGGUGGUGAUAGAAGUUUUUGCUGAGUAGAGAGGUGAUGGCGGUUUUUAGUACUGGCACUGGUUGUUCGAAGGUUGAAUAACGCUAUCCACUGAAAAGGUCGGUCUCGGCUAGAUACUGCAGUACCUCUUGUUAAACCGGUAUACGCUGGAUAGCAAUUUAUCUGUUGGAUAACUGGACCCUAGUGGUUGUGGCAGUGAUAUUUAUGGUGGUGCUGCUGGUAUUGGUGGUAGUAGGGUUGACAGUGGUGUCUCAGUCUUAGUGCUGGUAAUAGUGAUGAUACAGUGAUGGAGUUAGCGGAUUUGCUGCUGCUGAUAAUGGUAGUUAUGGUCGUAAUACUCUUAACGAUUACAAGGGUAGUGUCAAUGGCAGCAGUGGUGGGGACCAUGGAGAUGGUUGUCAUGGUGUUGCUUAUGUUGAUGCUGAUGUAAAUGCUGAAUUUAGCGGUAGUGACGGUUGUGGUGCUGGUGCUAAUGCAAGCGGGGGUAGAAGAAAAGUUUAUUGUGGUGAAAGUGCUGGUAACAAUGCUGGUGGCAGGUAUGGUGAUGGCAAUAGUGGUGGUGAUAGUAGAGGCGCUAUGAUGGCGGUGGGGGAAGUCUUAAAAAAAAGGCCGUUUAAGGUGGCGUUGAAAGUAAUUAUCUCGUCACCUCCUUGCUCCCUCAGGGAUGACAAGCAUAUCGAAAUGGCUUACUCGAAAGCUUUCAAAACAGAUCUUGGACCAACCUGCUGUGCUUGUUGCUCAUGCUGUUGUAAUUGUUGCGGGGGAAGAGGAAUGGCGGACCUAGGCUGCAUGCAGACAGACUGCAUAUCCUCAUGCCUCCAGGGAUGUGCCAAUUGUUGUCCCUCUUGUAUUCCACAGCUCACCAAUUUCGGUGUGUCACAGUUCUCGUUCGAGAAACCGUAUCGGCAGACAUGGUACAACGCGCUGCAGUACACAAAAGGCAAUAUCCAGUAAGUUAAAACACUCGCUAUGUGAAACUUUCUAACUAUCAUCUGCACAAACAACCAAAUGGACCGAUUUUUGUUCCAUUUUUACUAGCCGUGUAAGAAGGUGGUUAAGGCAAACUAAAAUAUCCCAUAUAAUUUUCGACACUCCGUCAGAAAUUGCUGUCCAAUAGAGUCUUACAUACAUACAUACACCCAUACAUACAUACAUGCAUACAUGCAUAUAUACAUAACUGUAUUUAGAAAAGCAGGUCAGGAAUACGCAACUUACUAGCUGAUGUGGACCUUCUAUAAUUAUAAAUAAAUAUAAAAUCAAAUUAGUUAUCUUAAAAGUCUUCUCGUUUCUUUUGUGAUUUAAGCUAUCGCUCAGCAGAAUGGUGCUUACCGUUGGAACACCUCCAAAGUGCCCUAACCAUGGUGAUAAAACUGGCUCAAGAUUACUCAAAAAAGCAUAAACAGUAUUCCCUGCUACCAAUUUAUGUAAGACUUGCACAUUCUGAUGAUUUGUACCUGAGCCCUGCAAGCAAGUUUAGACCUGACGGAACCAUCAAUGAUCACAACUGUUACAUUGAAGUGAGAAAAAAAAUCCUUUCUAAGAAUUACCAUAAAAUAAGACAAUAGUAAGUGUUAAGAAGAAAGUACCGGACUGAAAGUACCGGACUGGCCUGUCGUGCGAUUAGCACGUGCGCGCUAAGACAUUUAAAUUUAACCAGUUCGUAAGCAAGUCACGCAUACGAUUUCUCGCGUGUCUUUUUUUUUUCAGUUUUUGUUGCAUUUUGGAGGUUUUUGUUUUUGAGUUUGUACUUUAAGCCUUUACCGUUUUACCGUCUCUUUACCAAUUAAACGUGCAUGCUUUUAAAGAAGAUUUCCGUUAUCACUUCCGAACAGUUAGGAUUGAGUCUUUACUUCAUGCUUUUUUAUCUUUUUUUCUCCCCAGCUACCAUAUCUCUCUGCAGCAUAUGGCAUUGACGAGUUCCAGGAGACGGUAGAGAACAAGCUCUACGAGGAGUUCAAAGCGAGGCCACACUGGGGAAAGAAUAAUCGCCUCAACCAGUCUAAGAUCGAGGAAAUCUACCACAAGGAUAGCCUGAAAAAAUGGGGGGAGGUGUACAAGAUAUUUAACAAAGGAGGCCCGUUUGAAAAUCGCUUCACAAAUAAUAUGGGUUUUGCCGAGUUGUUUGAUCAUCCUAUCGAUGAGCAGCCUUCUGCCUAA